AAACUUUAGAAGGUGUUUAGUGUGGUCGAGUCAGAAAGCACGCUGAUUAGCGUCUCUGCUUCCGUUUUGCUUGCACGCCUCUCAGCAGUGCGUCACGACACAGGGUGAAGUUCGUGUCACUUUCAGCUGUUUUGUUCUGCAAGGAGCUUCUUACAGGAUUAACCAGUGCGCCAUUCUUCUAACACUACUGGAGCCAUUAUGUUUUCCUCUGGAGUUCUGCUCGUUAUAGCACUCGCAUUCAGCUGCGCGAGUUAUCAAGUUCCAGUUGUGGUUCCUGUAACUGCCGAAGCUGCUGAGGUGUACGAGUGUGUGCAUGGAGAUGAUCCAGAGAAUGCUAACUUCUCAUGGUACAGGAAGGACUGGCCCUCGCUUCCUGAGGAAAUCAAAGUGGAAGGAAACAAACUACAUUUCAUGCACACAUCCUCUGACUUAAAUGGCAUGUAUAGCUGUGUUGUUAUAAAUAAGAGAGGCACAUUUGUGGCUUAUUUCUACAGGGAAGUUCAAGACUGCCUUCUGAAUAGGAUUUUAAAAUGGGUUUCAGAACUAUGGAAACUGCUGACCCUGGCUUCUCCAACCUGUAUUAGUUUGUUUGUGUGUAUGUGUGUGUUUUUGUAUUUUGUCUGGAGCCACUCGUGAGUGGUGAACAAGCAUCGGUCACUACUGAGUCCUCAUUCUCAAAACUCUCAUACAGUUAAGCUUAUCUCAAAACUCAAAACCACUACAGCAUUUCUGCACUAAAGCAUUUCAUACAAAGAAUAAACCCAUUUGACCAAAACAUUGAAAACAAUUCUCACUCAGAAAGAGGACAAAAAGUAGACAUAAAUUUCACGUAUGUAAUUUCAUCAUGAGAAGAAAACGGUGUUAAUGUCAUUGACUGUGAAGAGUUUUGUGAAUUUAGUUUUAAAAGAUAAAUAUAUAUAUUUCUUAUCCGGAGAAACAUACAGAAGUGUGUUGAAAUAUCUAUCUUGCAUCUUAUUUGUUGCCUCAGGGGAAACGUCUGCUUUGGGUGUGCUCAUGGGCGUAAAUACCGGAGGGGAUUUUAUUCACUUAUUCACAAGUGAAUUCUCUUUAAUGUAGUUCUCUUAAUGAUGCUGCUAUAUUAGCGAUUAAAAUAUUACUUAUCUAGUUAAUGUUAGCUUGUUUACAAUAACUUGUUGCA